UGUUUUCCGGUUUUAAGGCUCAAACACCUUCCGUUCUUUUUGUUACUACCACGUUUAUGUGUUACCAUGUAUUUUUUACGGAUUCUAUUUCUUUGUUGGGUAUCAUUUAGUGUUUGCGAGAUUUCUGAAAAUCAAAUCCAAAAAAGUCAAUGGAGGGAGAUUUUUGGUAGAAAAAAUUCUUUAGCACCAUCAAGAUUUAAUCAAAGAACCGGAGGAUUUAAUAAUCGACAAAAUCGAUUUUUAUCGUUAUUUACUUUGGUCCAAUUCGAAAACGAACAAUGUAUGGGAGCUACAGGGGAUGUUGGAACUUGUAUGACUUCAGCUGAUUGCCAACAAAGAGGUGGAACAUCCAACGGGGUUUGUGCAAAUGGUUAUGGGACUUGUUGUAUAUUUUUAGCAUCUUGUGGAACAACCGUUCGUGAGAACGGAACAUUCUUCGUCCAAACCAAUUAUCCCUCAGCUUACGAUGAGACGGGAUCUUGUCAAAUAACUUUAUUGAAGUCUCGACCGGAUGUUUGCCAAUACAGACUCGAUUUUGAUCAAUUUCUUGUUGUGGGACCAGAAAAUCAACACAACACAUGUAAUAAUGAUCAAUUUAUUGUUUCCGGGGGAAAUCCGGUUCCUUCAAUUUGCGGAAACAACAUGGGAAAUCACAUGUAUGUUGAUGCUGGGGCGGGAACAACAACCCCAAUCAUUCUUUCAAUGAUAACUAGCGGCCCAUCGUUCCAGCGUAAUUGGAAAAUUAAAAUACACCAAAUUUUAUGUGGAACAUCCUGUUUAAGUCAAUCUUUAAGUUUACAAGAUUUAAUUGUGCACAGUUGGGAUUAA